AUGAAAGUCUUUAACUUUUUCUAUGCUUUAUCAUUCUUUAUAUCAUCCAAUGCUAUAUGUUGUUGGUGUCUUGAAGGGAAUAACGGAAAAGGAAGUAAUUACAACGGAAAUGGAGAUACAGCUACAGACACAUCUGCAAUUGACAUUUCAAGACCUGAAACAUUCACUUCUUACGGAACUGGUUUGGGAACAAACGGCAUGGAAUUCAAAACUCUCCAUCCAGGGAAUGGAAUCUGUGCAACUCGUGUUUUAGACAAUGGAGUAAAGGUCUGGGAAGGUUCUGGAGAGGAAAUGUGUAAGUUUGUAGAGUUUUAUUCUAAAGGAGGCUCCAAUUUGUUAAAGCUCUUAAUCGUGACAGGAGGCUCGUCUAACACUGGUAAUGUAUACUAUGAGAAAGUUGGUGACGAGUGGAAGAAUAUCAAAAAGGGAGACGAUUUUAAUAAGAAACUUGAGGAAUUGAAAAGAUCCGAGAAUAAUUUUUCCAAUAGUGCUUGGCAAGAAUCUCCAGAGUCGGAAGAACCUACUCCUGCACCUGAUCUAAAAUCAAAGGUUGAUUCUUCACUCUUUAUUGUAAGAGAGUCCACUAUUGGUAUCUCCUAUUUGGCAUGCACACCCAAGCCUGAUACCAAUGUUACGAAACUUUCUUAUGGUGACGAGACCAUAUGGGAUGGUAGUGCGAAAAUUAAAAAGUCUUCAUACAUUGCGGAGGCUCUGAUAUACUUUGAUAAGGAAGUCCCAGCAUUAGUUAGUAUCAGAGCAGUCAAAGGAUAUGAAAGGUCUAUGGUAUAUAGAUACAAUGAUGGAAAACAGUGGAAGGAUAUAAAGAAGGAAGACUUUGACAAGAAACUAAAUGAGAUAAAGGAAUAA